CCGUAGAUCACCGACAUAUUGUUUGUGUGGAGCAAAUUCUGGAAGACAAGGAGAGUGUUGAGAUUACAGCUUUGCCAUUACCAGUCAAAACAAAACGUUUAUCUUUAAAGAAAGCACGAUGGAGUCCUCAGCGAGUCCUGCAAAGGAUAAUUUCAGGAUGAACCGCUACAAGAACAAAGCACUCAAUCUGGAGGAGAUGCGUCGGAGAAGAGAAGAGGAAGGCAUUCAACUGAGGAAACAGAAGAGAGAGCAACAGCUGUUUAAGAGGAGAAAUGUGGAGCUAGGUGAAGAAGGUGGAAUGUUCGACAGUCCGCUCAUGGACUCCUACGUCACAUCCACCACAGCUUCAGAUGGAGUGAUCACAAGAGAUAUGGUUGAAAUGCUCUUCUCAGAAGAUCCUGAACUGCAACUGGUCACAACACAGAGGUUCAGAAAACUGCUCUCCAAAGAACCAAACCCACCUAUUGACGAGGUGAUAAGCACACCAGGGAUUGUGAACAGAUUUGUCGAGUUCCUUCAAAAAAGUACCAAUUGCACAUUACAGUUUGAGGCUGCUUGGGCACUGACAAACAUCGCAUCCGGAACAUCACAGCAGACGAAGUUUGUGAUUGAGGCUGGUGCUGUUCCCGUCUUCAUCGAGCUUCUCAACUCUGAGUUUGAAGACGUAGAGGAGCAGGCUGUUUGGGCUUUGGGGAAUAUUGCGGGAGACAGUGCCGUGUGCAGAGAUUAUGUGCUAAACUGUAAUAUCCUUCCACCUCUACUAAUGCUGCUGACCAAAUCAACACGUCUUACAAUGACCAGGAAUGCUGUGUGGGCCUUGUCCAACCUCUGCAGAGGCAAAAGUCCACCCCCAGAGUUUGAAAAGGUGUCUCCAUGCCUGCCUGUGCUGUCCCGUCUGUUGUUCAGCAGUGAUCCAGACCUGCUGGCUGAUGCCUGCUGGGCUCUGUCCUAUCUCUCGGAUGGACCCAACGAGAAAAUCCAGGCAGUUAUUGAUUCAGGGGUCUGCAGGAGGCUGGUGGAACUGCUCAUGCAUUCGGAUUACAAGGUAACCUCUCCUGCUCUGCGUGCUGUUGGAAACAUUGUGACAGGAGAUGACAUUCAGACGCAGGUGGUGUUGAACUGCUCCGCUCUCCCCUGCCUCUUGCACCUGCUCAGCAGCGCCAAGGAGUCCAUCAGGAAGGAGGCCUGCUGGACCAUCUCCAACAUCACAGCAGGAAACAGAGCCCAGAUUCAGGCGGUAAUAGAUGCAAACAUCUUCCCCAUCCUGAUAGAAAUCCUACAGAAAGCAGAGUUCCGCACCAGGAAGGAGGCGGCGUGGGCGAUCACUAAUGCCACAUCAGGUGGCACGCCCGAGCAGAUCAGGUAUCUGGUGAAUUUAGCCUGCAUUAAACCUCUGUGUGAUCUGUUGACGGUGAUGGACUCUAAGAUCGUGCUGGUGGCUCUGAAUGGACUGGAGAACAUUCUCAGACUGGGCGAGCAGGAGGCCAAACAGAAUGGCAGUGGCAUCAACCCUUACUGCAGUCUUAUAGAGGAGGCAUAUGGGUUGGACAAGAUCGAGUUCCUACAGAGUCACGAAAAUCAGGAGAUCUACCAGAAAGCUUUUGACCUCAUUGAGCACUACUUUGGCGUAGAGGAGGAAGAUGCCAGUCUGGCCCCACAGGUGGAUGAGAACCAGCAGCAGUUCCUUUUCCCCCAUCAGGAGGCCCCCAUGGAGGGCUUCCAGCUAUAAUCAGCCUUCAGACUCUUCCCAGCCACCCCCUUACCUUUACACCCUUCCCUGCACCCCAUACCGGUACUAAAACAUACAUCUGAAACACUCGGAGCACAACGAUUGACAUCUGGGUGAACCAAAUUGGCGAGCCGUGACACAGACAGGUUUAUUUAGACACUGAGGUGUGUUUCAGGCAGAGGAACCUUUCCACUGCCUCGUCACACUCGAGAGGUUCAUGAGCUGGAUUUUUUUUUUUUUUGAUGAUGAUGAUAAAGCUUAAUAACCUUCCCACUCGGGUAGAAAUCCUGGCACUGUGUCAUUGUUUGGAGGAGGUAUGCUUCAGUUUUUUCCCCUUUCUCUGAAAGAUGAGAGAAUUGUUUACUCAUCCAAUCAAAAUUGGUAAAACAAAAUCCUGGUCUUCAUACUUUUUUUCUUUUGAUCCUGGGUUGGCUUUCAUUAAGUUUUGCAUUGUAGAAUUCCUUCAUUUUGUUCAUAUUUCAUGUCCUGGUAAUUAAACAAACCUGGUUGUGUUUGAAAUGCCCAUGCUUUAUAGACGAAACUCCAAAGUGGUAUCUGUGGAUGCGUUUUUUUCCUUUUUUUUUUUUUUUUUUUAGGAUUUAAGCACUCUUCAUAGACUUUAGCUGUUUCAUUUCUCUUAUUAUUAGUAUUCAUUGACUUUAUAAUUUCAGACAAUGAUGGGUAUGCAAAUGACACAGUUUAGGCAGAGUUUAUUUGAUGUGGUGGAGGGUGGUAUUGAAGUAAUCUAGGUAUUUUAGUAAAGGAUUAUCCUAAUAUAAGAAGUCAUUAAUGUAAAAGGGGUAGUUCAACUAAAAAUGUUAAUUCUGUCAUUUACUCACCCUCAUCAACAUUAUUCCUUGAACUCAAAAAAAGAGAUGUCAUAGGGCUUUGAUUUGAUAUGAGGGUGAGUAAACGAUGACUGAAUUCUCAUUUCUGUAAGCUAAGGUGAUUAAUGGGGCCCAGAGAGCCUCUUAAAGAUGAUGCCCAGUUUACUUUUUUACCAGUCUGAGGUGAAUAUCUAGUUGUAGGCCGUUCGUGGUGUGCAGUGUUAUGAAUAACUACUCUUUUGAUCUGAAGGCUUUAAUUAUGAAAUGUGAUCUGGGAGAAAUAAGCACAUAUCUGAGGGCCAGGGUGACACACUUGAUGGUUGGUGUGUGGUCACGCACGAGAGUCUUUAUUCUGUUUUUCUUUGUCAUUAUUUGGAACAUUGCACUAUUGGGUGGUUCUGAUAGUGUCAAGGUGUUUGUUUUGUGCAACCCUCAGAAUGUGCAUGUUUGGGUUUUGCAUGGUGUUCUAUUGGUAUACCAACUAUCAUUUAUUGUAUGCCUUGCCAGAUCUUCUAAACAACUCAUUGAACUCAUUUGCCAGUAGUCGUAUAGUUUGCGAGGUGUUUAAGGUUAAGGUUUUGUAGUUUUGCAGUUGCCACAGGUAUGGCAAGGAAUACAAAUUUAAAUAAGAAAAUAUAUUGGCAAAAAAUAUAUAUGAAUGUUAUAUUUGCACACAAAGACCAGCAUACACUUCACAAAGACGUACACAUACAGAUUCAAGCAUAAAACCAAGGGGAAAAUGACUUCCAUAAUCUCCAAACAUCUGUAUCUUUUGUUUUUUAGACAUUUCAUGUUAUUCUAUUUUUUGGCACUUUGAGUUAAUGCACUAAAAGCCUAAUUUAAAAUGGUAACCUGCUGAGAAAAAGACCUUUUCCAAACAAACAUGGCUUGGUUAAUUUCCCUAAGGAAACACUUGAUGUAGGACUGAAUAACGGCUGUGGAUUUUAGACAGGGGGCAUGAAAAAGUUUGAAUAUUAAACUAUACCUCCAGCCUUUUAAGAAAUUUACUGUAGUUUGCGUCUUGUAGGAAAUAUAAACCUGUGGGUAAACUUUUCAUGCCAUUAUGGAAGCAUUUUACCUCUACCUCCAUAAUACACUGACUGGGUGCUUUUCCGAGUGAAUGCUAGGAGUUAUUUGAUUUGGAAUGAGGCCUGUAUCUAUGAAAUCAUAGUAAGACAUAGACAGAUGAUGUUUGAGGGGAAGGAAAGAGAUUAGUUGUUUGCUCACAUCAUCUGAUCUUUAGAGGAGUGACUUUCUGGUUUUGGUGCAGUUCUUUUGUACUAUAUUUUGAUUAACUAUUAUGAAGUUGGAUUAAAAUGAUUGUUCUUUGAUAAGAUGCCAAUCCAGAGUGAUUCAUAGUCAGACUGCAGCUUUCCAUACUUUAUUUUGGUUCGAUAACCUUUUUGAAAAUGGACAUUUGAUCACAACUUUGUUCUGAAAAUACCUCUCUACAUUGUUAUAAUAUCUGAUGUAUUUUCACACAGGGUUUUUUAAUCAGUUAAAACCCUGGUUCCACGUAAUACUAGAUUAUAUUUGCUGCAUUUACAGGAAAUCCAUCUCAGCACAAGGAUGGUACAGUUCAGCUUUCCGUACACAUCAGAUAAAUAGGAAAAAUAAAUGCUUAUCAAAUAUGUAAGGGUCUAUAAUACCACUGGGUGAGUUCAUAUCAAGUUGAUAAUAACAAAUAAAAAAAUAACUCUCAAUGUAAAUGCACUCCUAUUCACAAAAGUGCCAAUCAGACCAACAAAGACAAGAGGCUGAUUCGUAUCAAUCUGUCUUUGUUUUUUUUGUUUUUUGUUUGUUUUUUAUUUACUUGAAUGUGCACAUUUUGUGCAAAUAUUGCUGCUCUAUUUUCUUAUAAAUUAGAGGUUACAUUGUCUGCCACAGUUUCAUUAGAAAUGUCUGUUCUGCUAUUUGUACACCAAAUUGGUUAAAAAAUGCAUAAUUUAUUGUGCUGGACUGAUCCAUACUGUUAAACCAAGGCCAAUGCAAUGUUCAAAUACUGUUUCAGUGUGUAAUGUUUGCUUAGCUUGUUACCUUUUGGAAAUAGUUUUACUGGCACAGAGGAACUGAGAAGGAUAAAAAUGAUUGAAGGAGAAACUCCAUACAUUUGUUUUCCUUGCCCUUGUUGAAAUCUUUGUGUGUUUGCUGGCCAUGUAGACCCAACUGUGUUGUCCCAGGUCUGACUUCCCUUUGUGACUAAUCUUAACACAAGAACAGCAGUUAGACAAAAAAAAAAAAAAAAAAAAAAAACUUUUAUCAUUUCAGGCCUUUUUGGCCGACUAUUGUUCUCAUUUAUGGACAUUGCUUUAAGAAGCCAAAAGAUUUUUCAAAAACAAAUCUGUGUCAUACAAUCGACUUGUCUCUGUGAAUUACAUUUAAAUAAGAAGUUCAGUGACUACAUUGUUACAUUGGCACAAUUUAAAAUUGCAGUCCUGGCAUUGUCCUUUACUCAUUAAAAAUAACUUCUGAGAAGUGCAGAACACAAUACAAUAGGGCUGCAAGUAAUCAAAAUUGGGUCUUUAUGGUCUUCGUCCUAGAUCUUGUAGAUGUUGAAAAUGAAAUCUUGAGACUUUUUGUCUCAUCCCAACCUGAAGCCAAUGCAUAAGACUUGGCUGUGUUUAGUGAUGCUGACUCACCUAUGUUUACAAAGCUACAUGUUUAAGUACUUUUCAUACAUGAUAUUGAGACUUGCCCAGGUGAAUCCUGGUUCUCUCAUUUCAUUCUUUUUAAAUGUAUUUAUAUUUAAAUGCCCCCCCCACCCCCACCCCCCAAUUGCCCAUCUUAUACUGUGACUGACUUGACUCAACCGACGAUAUGAAUGAGCGACUGUCACACAAACUUCUACAUUAACAAUUCUGAACAAAUGUCUAAGUAUUUUUUGUCCAGAUACAAAUAAAAUUAUUAAAACAUUAA